UUAAAAGUCCCUACAUUCAAUAUUGCGAGAUUUAGCUGUUGGGGUGGAAAGAGAAUGAAUACCAAAACGUCCGUUAUCCUCAUUCUCGCCACGGCCCUGGUGACUACGAUCUGUUCAGCCAGCGGAGGUUUAGAAGAGGACAUGCCCUACAAACAACUUUUUCGUGAACUAUGGAGGAAAGAAAGUAGCAUGCAGGGAAAUUUUGACGAGGUCACCAACAUUAAGUCGAAGAGAACCGAAGACUGCGACUUAAUUUACCAACCAUGCUCUGUUGCAGUGGAUUGUGAGAUUUCUACCUGCGAAGGCCAACCCCUUCAAUGUUAUUAUGGCGAAUGCGGAAGACAAGAAAGCUACUCAUACAAGCGAUAAUUCAGGCUUGCUCCCAGAUCACUAAUCUAUCGCUUGUUUACUAUUGUCUCGUAGUAAAUCCUUCAAAUUCAA